AUGGAACAAGAAAAUGUAACUGAUUUUUUCACCGAAGAGAACCCUCAUCGAGCAUCAUUGUAUUCGAUAGAUUGGUUGGAUUAUAUACUCUUUGCUUUUGGAAUUGGAGUCUUGACUAUCCUCCUGUCGAUGAGAAAGAUAAUGAUCCUGCAUGUGCCUACAAACAUUUUAAUAGUGAACCUUGCCACCUCAGAUUUAGGGGUGGGCCUCUUCGUCAUGCCCUUCAGUGUAACCUCCUUCUUCAAGCUUCGGGACCAUACCAUCUUGUACGAUCAGAGUGAGAUGUGUAACAUUGUGGGAGUGCUAAGACAGAUGUUACUCUGUUCCUCUACCUACACUAUAGCUGCUAUCAGCUACGAGAGAUUUCUGGGAGUUAAGAGACCUAUGUCUUACAAGAGGAUUGUAAACAAGAAGUUUGCUUUGACAACAGUGGCAGCAAUUUGGUUUUACUCCACUAUUUACUCCCUUGUUACUGUUGCAAUGCCAGCUCAUGUAGGAGCAUAUGUUUACAACGACUACACGGGUUACUGUAUACAACAAUGGUGGUUCGGGACCGACGUCGGAGAAACUAUUGAGGUUGUCGUCAACACUGUCCUCAACUUCGUCAUACCUUUUGCCUCCAUGGGAUAUUACUACUCCAAAGUGCUGACGGCACUGCACGCAAACCUUCACUUCUGUUUCAAGAUGAAAGUUCCCUCAUCCUUCCAAGCAAAAUUCAAGAAGGAGUCGAAGAGACUGAUUUUUGUCUUCCUCGAGAAGAUUGUGUGCUGUGAAUCAAAGUUGAGGAAAAUGAUAGCUGCCCAAGCGGAUCCGACUCGAAAGAAGAUGACACCGAAUGACUACGCACGCGCAAGUAUAAAGUACUACGCUACCACGCGGGCCAAGAGGUUAGCAGACGCUAAAGUGGGAUCUCGUAUGGCUGUAUUGCGGAGGGAGGAUAGCGAGUACAAUACUAGUGCACUUGUCAGUUACAAUGUGGAGGAUUAUUCCAGUCCUCCGUCAAUCGAACUUGAUGACACUGAUGAUCUGGGCGGGUACGGUAGAUUACGACAGACUGUAGUGGUUAUCCACAACCAGCCAAACCCUAACAGGCUUGAUUCCAGCUACCCAAGAUCUAAACGCAAAGUCACCCUCAACGCUGCCAAACUUAGAAAGACUUGA